AUGGCGCCUAACCCACAAACAACAUCCGAUUCGACACUAUUGCCUUUACCAUCACAACAACUACCGCUUCCAGAGGACUCAAGAGCUGCAGCCACACCCUCCCAAUCAGGCCCCCACGCAAACGACAAUCUCGACGCGGGAAUUGGACGCGCCGUAGCGAAACUCAACCGAAUCGCCGUUCUGUCCAAGCAAAGCAUCCUUGACGCCUGGAAUCAACUUCUUCUCGCCUAUUCAUCCAAGAUCAAACGAAUUGCCACGCUACCCGCUCGUCUUGAGGCCGAACCGUUCCCCCGGUGGCUAAGGCGUGCCAUCCCCCAAUCCACGUUAAGCCUGGUCCUAGCAUCUGUUUACCAGGACCACUGGGAAGUCCAAGUCAAGUCCAAGCGAAACGAGGUGGCGUACCGCCUCAAGGCGGUUACCCAUCUGCAUCUCGAUUCACACUGGGAUCUUUACCUUUUUUUCGGCCCUGCUGCUGUCGCUUCUCGUGCGUGCUGGCUGAAGCUUCCCCCACACAUUGACGGCCACGGUCUAUUUCAUCGACUCGUGUCCAUCCGCGGUCUCGGCCCAAGCUACCUCGACCAGUGGUUUUCAGCCCGGGAAUUCACGUCCGCGAAGAAACUUGGCCCUGCAGGUGCCACCACUCCCUCAGCAAUUCCCGCCGACACAUCCUCACGCAACAUGGAGAAAGCCACUGCGGCAUCGUCGCGAGACCGAUCGCGAUCAAAUAGGCGAAAUACGACUCUACCUAGUAGAGGUGGACUGUCGGAGUCGGGCUCAAGCAACAAUCCUCAAGACAAGCCAGAUUCUACCGGUAUGCCCAACCACGAGAUCGAUGACAGCGGUAUUGGCGACAUUGACGUCUCGGAAACGGAUUUGGGGGAGGGUUCGGGUGCCGGUUUGAACCCCGAUGUGUCUCGCCCCAGUGCUGCUGCGGAAUCUGCCCACUCCACCCAGAAUGCCCUCUGCGAAAUAAGUCGUCAAGCCCAACAAACGGUAUCGUCACACGAGGGUCUUGAGAAUGCAGGUGCAAGCGCAGACAUUUUGCAGUGUGUUUUGGACGACAUCAAGGAUGAAGGCCGUUUCCGGAAAAUCCGGACACGGAUUGACGCCGAUGCCAAGUACGCGACCGACGCGGGUAUGGACAAGACAGAAUCAGAGAGCAGCAUCAUCCAGCUGCGCGAGAAGACCCUCGCUCGUCUAUGCGCCAUCGAGGAGCAGACUGACGGCUGCGUUGACAAUGAGGAGGACUAG